CGCGGCCUGGCCACAAUGGCGGGUGUGGACUCCGGCCUGGCCGUCCCCGUGUGGCUGGCCGAGGACGACCUGGGCUGCAUCAUCUGUCAAGGGCUGCUUACCAAGCCCGCCACGCUGCCCUGCGGCCACAGCUUCUGCCGCGACUGCCUGAAGGGCUUGUGGGCCGCGGGCAGCGCCAGCCCCCCGCGCUCCUGCCCCACCUGCCGGGAGAGCACCCCGGCUCCGCUGCACCUGCGGAAGAACACGCUGCUGCAGGAGCUGGUGGACAAGUACAGCCGAGCGCUGCGCGACCUGGGGGCGGGCCCUGACCCCGGCCCCGCCCUCGGCCCCGCCCAGGGACGCGCCCUUGGCCUCGCGCCUGCGCCUGCGCCCCCGCGUGGCGCCGCCCAGCUGCCGGCCGCGGCACAGAAGAGAAUUAUAGAAGUUGUGCGUGAGCUGGCAGAGUUGGCAGAAGAGCUCGUAGACAUUGUCAAGAGUCUUCAGAGUCAAAGGGAUGUCCCUGAAUCCGGACCAGACAAUGACAGGAGCACCCUGAGCAUGAGCAGGUCUUCUUCUGGUGAGAUGGACCUUUCCUUGGCUUCUUCAAAACCAAUGACUUCCAAUACACCUGAGAGAAAAACAAGAGACAUUCUGCAUGACCUAGAAGAAAUCCAGAAAAAAUUACGGGAAAACCUCACAUGGAAAGAGCCCCUCGAAGAACAGAUGCAGGCUAGAGUUGGGAAGACAUCACUGAUUAUGUCUCUGGUCAGUGAAGAAUUCCCAGAAGAGGUUCCUCCCCGGGCAGAAGAAAUUACCAUUCCAGCUGAUGUCACCCCUGAGAGAGUUCCAACACACAUCGUAGAUUACUCAGAAGCAGAACAGAGUGAUGAACAGCUUCAUCAAGAGAUAUCACAGGCUAAUGUCAUCUGCAUAGUUUAUGCUGUUAACAACAAGCAUUCUAUCGAUAAGGUAACAAGUCGAUGGAUUCCUCUCAUAAAUGAAAGAACGGACAAAGACAGCAGGCUGCCUUUGAUAUUGGUUGGGAACAAAUCUGAUCUGGUAGAAUACAGUAGUAUGGAGACCAUCCUUCCCAUUAUGAACCAGUACACAGAAAUCGAAACCUGUGUGGAGUGUUCAGCAAAAAACCUGAAGAACAUAUCAGAGCUCUUUUAUUAUGCGCAGAAAGCUGUUCUUCAUCCUACAGGGCCCCUGUACUGCCCAGAGGAGAAAGAGAUGAAACCAGCCUGUAUAAAAGCCCUCACCCGCAUAUUUAAAAUAUCUGAUCAGGAUAAUGAUGGCACUCUCAAUGAUGCUGAACUCAACUUCUUCCAGAGAAUUUGUUUCAAUACUCCGUUAGCACCCCAAGCUCUGGAAGAUGUCAAGAAUGUAGUCCGAAAACACAUAAGUGAUGGUGUGGCUGACAGUGGAUUGACAUUGAAAGGUUUUCUUUUUUUACAUACACUUUUUAUCCAGAGAGGGAGACACGAAACUACUUGGACUGUGCUUCGGCGAUUUGGUUAUGACGAUGAUCUGGAUUUGACACCCGAGUAUUUAUUCCCCUUGCUAAAAAUACCUCCUGAUUGCACUACUGAAUUAAAUCAUCAUGCAUAUUUGUUUCUGCAGAGCACCUUUGACAAGCACGAUUUGGAUAGAGACUGUGCUUUGUCACCUGAUGAGCUUAAAGAUUUGUUUAAAGUUUUCCCUUACAUACCGUGGGGGCCAGAUGUGAAUAACACAGUUUGUACAAAUGAAAGAGGCUGGAUAACUUACCAGGGAUUUCUUUCCCAGUGGACGCUCACGACCUACUUAGACGUCCAGCGAUGCCUGGAGUAUUUGGGCUAUCUAGGCUAUUCUAUAUUGACGGAGCAAGAGUCUCAGGCUUCCGCCAUUACAGUAACAAGAGAUAAAAAGAUAGACCUUCAGAAAAAACAGACUCAAAGAAAUGUGUUCAGAUGUAAUGUAAUUGGGAUGAAAAACUGUGGGAAGAGUGGCGUUCUUCAGGCUCUUCUUGGAAGAAACUUAAUGAGGCAGAAGAAGAUUCGCGAUGAUCAUAAAUCCUACUAUGCGAUCAACACUGUUUAUGUAUAUGGACAAGAGAAAUACUUGUUGUUACAUGAUAUCUCCGAAUCAGAAUUCCUAACUGAGGCUGAGAUCAUUUGUGAUGUUGUGUGCCUGGUAUAUGACGUCAGUAACCCCAAAUCCUUUGAAUACUGUGCUAGGAUUUUUAAGCAACACUUCAUGGACAGCAGAAUACCUUGCUUAAUCAUAGCUGCAAAGUCGGACCUGCAUGAAGUUAAACAAGACUAUAGUAUUUCACCUGCUGAUUUCUGCAGGAAACAUAAAAUGCCUCCACCACAAGCCUUCACUUGCAAUACUGCUGAUGCACCCAGUAAAGAUAUCUUUGUUAAACUGACAACAAUGGCCAUGUACCCAGAGGAUCAUUACAGAAACAGACUCUCCCGAGACAUGGGCAACACUGAUAGAAUAGAGAAUUUGAGAAAAAUCUGGGUCUUUCUAAAAACUGCUUUCCAUGCCCGGUUACGCUGUAUGUGCACCUGCAACAGGUGUACAUUUUGCAUCUGUCAGAACUUCCUCAACUCAGACUUGCUGCAAUCUGUAAAGAACAAAAUCUUCACUGCAGUUCUUAACAGUUUUAGUUCUGCCCUUUAGAACAACAUACGACUAUUCUACUCCCUCUUCAACCUAGCAAUCCUUCAGACAUUUGAAGACGGCCAUCAUGUCUCCCCUAAUUUUCUCUUCUCCAGGUAGAACAUCCCCAUUUCUUUCAGCCUUUUCUUAAAUUAGAUGGUUUAGUGACCUCAUCAAUCCUGGUUGUCCUCGUCUGAAAGCCCUUUAGGUUUUCAGAGUUCCUAUUAAAAGAGGUGCUGCUGAGAAUGGGGAGCAGUGCUCCAGGUGUGAUGGGACCAGUCUCGAACAGUGGGGUCAUGUCCCACAGUCAGGACAGCACCUAUCUGCUGCAUGAAGUGACAUUGUUAGCAGCCCCAUCCCACUGUGGAUGCAUAUGAAUCUCGGGGUUCACUGAAAUCAGAUAUUUUUUUCAUACGAGGUACUAUUAAGGCAGCAUCCCCUCCUCUCUAAUUGUGUACUUGACAUUUUUAAUUGAGUCUUUGAAUCUAAACACAGAUACAUAUGUAUCUCUAUUAAGUGUCAUAUUCUUUUUGAUCCAUUUGUUCUAGCUCAGUCAUUUCAAACAUUAUUUCUGUCAUUUGUCCCAUUAUCUAUCUCUCUUGGCAUUGUGUUAUUUGCAAACUUGGUAGAUAUGUCUUCUUUAUCGUUCAAGUUAUUGAUAAAAAAUAAUGUUGAAUACCAAGAGAUUGGAGAGAGAGAGGGAGCCAAAGCCAGCAAGCCCUGAAAUAUUCCCUCAGAGAGCUCUUUUCCCAGUGACACAGGUUUAAAAUACUUGGGAAAAGAUUAUUCUGUAAAUUAAAAAUAUUUUAUUAUCCAGUCCAUAUUUUAUCUUAGUAUCUUAUAAGAAUUUCAUGGAGGGCUUUUUUGAAAUCAAGAUGCAAUUUCCUUUUUUUUUUUUUUCCCAGUAUGUAAUUUCUAACACAUUCUUCUGAUCUAUCAAUCUAUCAAUGUAGUAAUUUUACCUAAAUAGGAAGUGACAUCUAUUUGGUGUCUUAUUCUCAGUGAACCCACCUUGGCUCCUAAUAAUUGCUAAUCAAAACCAUCUGUUUCACUUAUUCUAUGAGCUCUUGAGUGUCCGUAACUUGCAGAUUGAUUGAUUGUCUGCAUCUUUAGUGACAAUUUUAUUCUUAGGUCGGUUUAGUCAGCUACCAAAUGGAAAAGGUUGGGUGUGUAUUAAUUGAUGAGCUUGCUCAUGGUAAAGUACUCUGUACAAAGAUCUUUGAAGGGAAAUCAGUACAUCUUGUCAUAUCUAUUUAUAAACUAGAACUAAUUUAAUGGUAGUGUCGGCAUACAUCCCGAACAUCUAGUAAUCAAGAAUGGAAUGAAUGAAAAAGAUAAGGAGGGAAACCAAUGUACCUUUCGAAGCAGUCCUUCCUGAUUCCUUGCAGUGUUUCAGAAUUUUGUAGAAGUACAGUGGGAAUUUAGGACUUCUGUACUGAAGUUUCCCCAGUUUACAGAAGGAUGUAGAUAAGGUAGAUGGGGGUGGAACCCCAGAACUUGAGUACCUACAGGAUCGGGAUAGGUAUUGUCAGUGCACAAAGGUGGUCAGGUAUGAGAAGUAAGGAACAUAGAGACUGUGACAGGCCCUGUCUAAAAGAGGCAGCCACAACUCAGCUCUGGCCUUUUGUUGUCCAGGCUGGCUGGUGCCAGGUCUUCUGAUUCUGUGAGACACGAGACAUCAGGAUUUUAUGUGAAAUUUCCUGCUAUUCAAAUAAUGGCAAGUAAAUUUAAGUCUUUAAAAGUACUGAUCAGAACAAGACAUGUUUACAGGCCAGCAGCUUGCAACCUCAGUCUUAAGAUAUGGCCUAGAGUUGUGCAAUUGCAGGCCAAAAAAAAAAAAAAAAAAAAAAAGUAAAACAUACACCUAAGGAAUGAAAGUAUCUCUUUCCCCUUCCCACCAACCAAGUUCUACUCCCUUUCUCAUGAAAGAAUCUGAAAAAAUUGUGGAGUGCUGGGUUUGCCUCCUUUCUUUCCUCUCUCUCUCGGGUUGUGGCAGCCUUUGGGUGUUGGUCACUAUUGGUUCACCAUGCUAGAUGUAUCUUAAUGUUAUAAAGCAGAAAAAGGAUUGAUUAAUUUGCUAAAAGUCAUUUUAGGAAUUUUUCACUGUAAUUCAGUAGGGAGGAGUCUCACUCAACAAUAAGCCUUAGGUCUCUGCUUUUAGAAAGCUGCCACGUCUUGUGUUUGAGUUAGAUGAGUAAAAGAGUGUUUCAAAAUUUUUAUGGAAACAAAGAGUUUCAGUAAAUGUCUGCAAAGAAAUUGACAGGUAUUGGUGCAUACAUGCUGGUCUCAAACUUAAUAUCUUGUUUCAGUAUGCUUGUAAACAUGUUGGUUGAAAUAAAUCACUUGCAGAGAUAGUACAUGUUUGAGACCACAUUAACCCUUUAUCCCCCUCUGCCCCUGUGGUUUAUUCACUCAGACUUAGGAACCUGCUUUAGAUAGGACCCUGCUGUGAGCUGGGACAGAAUAUGAAGAUGAAGAAGAUAGGGACCUGCCUUUAAGUGCCUCUCUGAAUACUAUGUUAUUAAAAUUUUUUUCCUUGAACUUUGGUUGUAUUUUCAGGAACCUUAGUCCCUCGGGCUACAGAAGUAAGGCUAUCACCUGAUCAUGACAGAAUUUAAGCUAAUAAUUUACAUUUAGGCAGUUCCCACAGAUUCGUUUCUGAAAUUAUCCAUUUUUUCCCCUAGCUAUCUAUUUUUAACCAGUAAACAUUGUCCCCCUUUUUUUGAGCUUAUUUACUGAUGCUACACAUUUUAAGUAGAGUAGUAAUAAAAUUUGUUUUCUUUUUAAUGUAAUAGAAUAUAUAUUUAUUUCAAGGUGUCAAAAGUGUUAAACUAUGUAUCUGACAUGUAACUUUGUUCUUUAAUAAUUAUGAUCUCACCCUAGUGAUCUGGACAGGCUUAUGAUUUUCUUUAGAACAGUUUAUGAAUAAUGGGACUUAUUUGAUUUUAAAUACAUUUGGAAGAUGAUUAAUGGGGUCAGAUGAUUUUAAUCUUUGGCAUUGCUUUCAUUUCAAAUAGUGUAAAUCAUGGCACUGGGAAAAUACACCUUCUGGUUAUAUUUUUAUUUUAAUUACCUUUUUAAUCUGAAAGUGUUAUAAUCCUACAUGAUUAUGUAGGAGUGAGCUGGAUUGUUGGUUUGAACUACCCAGGAUUCUGGUUACCAAGUACUUAUUAUUCUGACUUUAGAGACUCCUACUUUGCAUGACUUUGUUACUCUUCUGCAGUGUGCUGUUGAUGUGAACUUGUCCUUUCCUUUAGGUGUUCAUUUUAAUUUGUAUGUCUGUGUCACUUAGUCACUUUUUUAACUUCUCUCAGCCCCGAUCCCAGCUAAUUUCUGUGUAUAACCCUCCCACUUCUCCUAACCUAUAAUUUAAUCAAAAUGUUUAUUUUAUAAUUUAUUUUGGU